AUGCAGCAGCAGCAGCAGCAGGACGUGGUGGGCCUCAGUAACUCCCUGGAAGCAGUGGCCUUACAGCAGCCUGCUCCUGACGACACAAAUGCACAGAGUGAGACUUCACCCAUAGACAUGCUGAGAAUCAAGCAACAGAUGUUUAACCAAUGUUUUGAGAUGGAAGUGCACCUCCAAGCAGGAAAUUGUAAGCAGACAUGUAGCUCAUCAGAAGCAGAAAGAGAUUUGCUGGAGUUCGUGAGCGAGAUUGAAAAUGCCAAGACAAAUUAUUUCAAUGGUACAUUAGUAUUGCACAGGAUGCAGAUGUGGAAUGUUAUUGCAGGAAAGAUUUUGACACAAAAUGAUGCAGAAGCAAAAGAGCUCCAGGGUAUUAGUGAGCGCUGUAUGGCCCUUUGUUCACAAACUAAACUUCUCCAACAAGAAUCAAGGGAACUUCAAGAUGAGAUUUCAGAAUUACAAAAAAAGAGACUGGAGUUGAAACGCCUUACCCAUGAGAAAAUGAAGGAAAUGGAGGAGCUGAAGGCCAAGAGAGAACAUCCUGAUUCAGAAAAAUACAAAGCUGUGUUAGAGAAAGGUCAAUCAAACCUGGAGAAACACAAGAAGAUGGCUGUCAUGACUCAGAAUGUCCUGAGGGGUCUGCUCUUGGCCUGCAAAAUUAACUGGAUGGAUGACCCCAAACUUCGUGACAUUGCCAUGACGCUAGAAGAAUUUCCCAUCUCUGACUAA